AUGUCGACCACGAGAAACGAUUUCAACAUAUCAAGGAACUUAACCAACCAGUUUGUGCAGCCGCCAUGGCGCGUGGCGCUGUGGGCUCUCGCCUACAGUGCGGUCAUGGUGGUGGCAGUAUUUGGAAAUCUAAUCGUUAUCUGGAUUAUUAUUGCGCAUAAGCGAAUGCGGACAGUCACUAAUUACUUUCUGUUGAAUUUGGCCAUCUCAGACGUUUCCAUGGCGGCUCUAAAUACCCUCGUUAACUUCGUAUACAGCAUACACGGCGAAUGGUACUUUGGCGACGCGUAUUGCAAGUUUCACAACUUCUUUCCAGUAGCAGCGGUGUUUGCAAGCAUCUAUUCCAUGACUGCUAUCGCUGUGGACAGAUACAUCGCAAUCAUCCACCCGCUGAAGCCGCGUUUGUCGGCCAAAGUUACUAGGGGAGUGAUAACGUGUGUGUGGGUAUUGGCAGUGGGACUGGCAUUCCCACUGUGUUUCUUCUCGAGAACACGACAAAUUCCACAGAGAACGUUGUGCUAUGUAGACUGGCCCAGAUCUACCGACCAUUCGGUCAUGUAUCACAUCAUAGUGGCUGUAUUAGUGUAUUUGUUGCCCCUAGUGGUGAUGGGAAUCACCUACACCAUUGUGGGACUGUCACUUUGGGGCAGUCAGAUCCCAGGAAAUUCCUCUCAGAAUAACCAGAACCAGCUCAGAGCCAAGCGGAAGGUAGUGAAGAUGAUGAUGGUGGUGGUAGUGACAUUUGCCCUCUGUUGGUUCCCAUAUCACGUCUAUUUCAUUGUGACUGGCAUAAACAGGCAGCUGACCAAGAGAAAGUAUAUCCAGCAAGUUUAUCUAUCAGUGCUGUGGCUUGCCAUGAGUUCUACCAUGUAUAAUCCCAUCAUCUACUGCUGUCUAAACAGCAGGUUUCGGGCAGGUUUUAAGAGAGCCUUUCGCUGGUGUCCGUUCAUCAGGGUGUCAGACUACGAUGAACUGGAGUUACAGUCGACCAGGUACCACCCAACCCGCCACGGUAGCAUAUACACAAUGGUACGGCUGGACUCCUGCAGCACCGAACCGCAUGACUUCAACACGUUCUCACUCGGCCUCUCCAUCCGCCGCAAAAGCUCCACCAGUCGCAGUGUAAACGGCCAAAGCAUCCACCUUUCACGUCCAUCCAGUCCAAGUAACGCUUUAAAUGCUCCCAAUGAUGUGUUUAGCUAG